GAGUGAUAUGCCUGCCACUUGUAGAGCUGCGCGUGUUCUCCAAUCACAACUUUUUAAGCCCGGAGGUUUACUCCCUCCAUACCCUUUUUAAGCCCCCAACACCCCACUUGUCCCCGCUACCUAAGCUGGUUUCCUAUGGCCAACACCGCCACCGCCAUCACCACCGCCACCGCCAAUGCCACCUCCACCAAACGCAGAAAACUGGCCGACCAAACCCAUCAUCGCUGCCGCAACCGCCCCCACCUUCCCCCUCUCCUCCCUGGCCUCCCCGACCACAUCGCAGAACUCUGCCUCUCCCUCCUCCCCCCUUCCCUCCUCUUCUCCGUCUGCCGCUCAUGGCGCCACCUCCUCUCCUCCCCUUCCUUUCCCCCCUACCUCUCUCUCUACCUCCUCUCCUCUUCCUCCUCCUCCUCCUCCCUCCACUUCUUCUCCUUCGACCCCAUCUUCUCCCGCUGGCACCGGAUCCCCCCUCCCCCGCUCCGCCCCCUCCUCCGCCACCCCUCCUUUCUCUCCCGCAACUUCUCAGUCCAAUCCCUCGCCGUCUCCGACAACCUCCUCCUCCUCGCCGCCACCGGCCCCGGCUUUCUCCCCGCCCUUCACCACCCCCUCGUCUUCCGCCCAAAUUCUCAGUCAUGGGAUUUCGGGCCCUCCCUCGAGGCUCCCCGCCGCUGGUGCGUGGCGGGAACCGCAGCCGGAGCAGUCUUCGCGGCGAGCGGGAUCGGAUCCCACUACACCAUCGACAUGGCUCGAUCUGUAGAGAAAUGGGAGAUGAAGAGUGAAAAGGAAGAAUGGGCAAAGAUGAGAGAUCAUAAAGAUGGGAGUAAGUUCAGUAGAGAAGCCAUUGAUGCUGUUGGGUGGAGGGGGAAGCUGUGUAUGGUGAAUGAGGCGAAAGAGGGUGCGGUUUACAACGUGGAGAGGGACGAGUGGGGGGAUAUGCCUGAGGGCAUGGUCGCUGGCUGGAGAGGGCCUACGGCGGCCAUGGAGGAGGAGGUCCUUUACUCGGUGGAUGAAGCCAGAGGUGCGUUGAUGAAGUACGACCCGGGGAGGGACGGGUGGGAGGAGGUGGUGCGGUCGGAGAGGCUGAGAGGAGCGGAGCAGAUGGCCGCCAGAGGCGGGAGGGUGUGCAUCGUGUGCAGCGGAGGGAGGAUGAUAGUGGUGGUGGAUGUGGUGGAGACGCCGGCGAGGAUGUGGGUGGUGGAUCCGCCGUCGGGGUAUGAGGCCGUCGCCGUUCAUGUGUUGCCGAGGAUGACGACUGUUCAGUAGCCGCUGUUCCAUCCAAAAUGGUUUCUUUUUUUUAAAUAAAAAUGUUUCAUAAAUAGCACAAAUUUUGUCCAUAGAUAUAUUUUUAUUUUUUAUUAUCAUAUGUUGGAUACGCUCUGAAAGUGAAAAUUUGUCUGAUAACUUGGAGCCACACGUUGAAUGAUACAAUUCACAUUGAUAUUUUUCCUUA